AUGGGGUUGUCCACUGGAGCCGCUGGCCGAGGUGAGUCCAAGUCGCCCAAACAGUCCAGCAAGAAAGCAUCCCCACCGCGACAAGACACGCAAUCCGACGCCAAAAAUGACGGCCCCUUGAAGUCUGCCACCGCCACCACCACCACCGAACCAUCGUCAUCAUCCAAUGCGGAAGCCACCAAGCCGCUCGCGCCUCCGCCCCGUCCCAAUCAGCAGCAGAACAAUCAACAGCAAGCCGGCAACAACUCGCCCGACUACUUUUCGAACCCCCCCGGCGUCGGCGCGGCUUUGUUGAGCCUCGAGCCGAACCCCUUUGAGCAGUCCUUUGGCGGCGGCGCCCCCGAGACCCCCGGGGGGACUAAGCUUCCAUCUGUCGCGGCUCUCACCUCGCCGUCGUCACUCCUUCCCGGCACGGGUGCUACUCCCUUCGGCUGGCCAGGUUCCCUCAGGACGGGCCCUCUCAGUCCGGCCAUGUUGUCGGGGCCGACAAAUGAUUAUUUCAGUGAUACUCAUCACAUCCGAGGCGGCUUCCCAACCCCCAACGAGUCUUCUCUGAGGACCGGUCUCACUCCCGGGGGCAGCGGGUCUAUGUUCCCGGCCCCAAGUCCCAACACGGCUCUCUUUGCUGGCCUUACUGCCGGCGUGCAAACCCCUAGUACGCUUGACUUCCACCGCACUGCUCUGAGUGUUCAGGCCAAGCGCGAGCCCAUCCAGGUCCAACAACCGCCUCCUCCUGCCGUCACCUCUGCGCCCCAAGAAAUGAGCAAUGGGUCGAGCUUGAAGGCUGAAGUGAAGCCUCCCACAAAUUCCUAUGAUACACACGACAACGACGCGGCGAACGGGUUGUACAUGUUGGCCCAGGCACGUAACGGGACACAGCCUCCACCCCCGUCUCAGUACACGGCAGUUCCGCCUGCCCAGGUUCAUGUGCAUUCCAAUCAUCAACCUGCUCCCGCUGUCCAACCCAUCAACACUUCUCCCCAGAUGAAUGGCAACUCGUCGAUUGGAGGAAGCUCAGCGCGUGGUGUUAGUGAGACUGGCAGCGCCAUGUCUGAUGAGAGCGAACAGGCGCGUCCCGUGACCCGUGCCAAGGGGAAGAGAGGGUCGACCAGUGCUGCUGGCACUCGCAGAAAGGCCGAUGAUGGCCCUGCUGCCAAAGGACCGGCCAAUAAAAAAGCCAAGACAAACGGUGGUCCUCCACCCUCGCAGCAGCCAGACUAUGACGAUCACUCUGAUGAUGAGGAUCAUCAUAUCAACAAAGACGGCACCAAGACCAAGAUGACAGACGAGGAGAAGAGGAAGAAUUUCCUUGAGCGCAACAGGGUUGCUGCACUCAAGUGUCGUCAGCGUAAGAAGCAGUGGCUGGCUAAUCUUCAAAGCAAGGUUGAGGAGUUCAGUCAAGAAAACGAGAACCUCACCCACCAGAUUAGCGUCCUUCGCGAAGAAGUUGUUAACCUGAAGACGUUGUUGCUUGCGCACAAAGACUGCCCAGUAACACAGUCGCAACAUCAACAACAACAGCAACAACAAGGCAUCCACGCAGGCUACAUCCCACCACCACCACUGGAAUACAAUCCCCAGAUGGCCGCUUACCAAAUGGCUGGUGGGAUGCCGCCCAGCCAACCGGUGAUGGCUGCCCACACCGGUGGUCGCCGUUUCUCAUAG